AUGGGGGAUACUGGACCAAAGGGUGUUCCGGGAACCAACGACGCCGGUGAAGUGCACAAGCCACAGAAACCGCAACGCCGCCAAUCUGUGCUAUCAAAGGCUAUCAGUGAGCACCGUGAGGGUGAUGAUGGCAGUGUACCGCUGCUUCCGCCCUCGAAGGGAUUGACAUCCGCGGAAGCAGAGGAGUUGUUGCUUAAAUACGGUCGUAACGAGCUGCCGGAAAAGAAAACACCCAGUUGGCUGAUAUUUUUGCGGAAUCUAUGGGGCCCUAUGCCGAUUGUUUUGUGGAUUGUCAUAAUAAUCCAGUUUGCGUUACAGCACUUUGCUGAUGGUGCCGUCCUGCUCGGCAUUCAGCUCGCUAACGCUCUCAUUGGGUGGUAUGAGACGAUAAAAGCUGGUGAUGCGGUCGCUGCACUGAAGAACUCUUUGAAACCUAUUGCGACCGCUUACCGUGACGGUACCUGGCAGCAGAUAGACGCCGCAUUACUGGUUCCCGGUGACCUUGUGAAGCUUGGGUCUGGUUCCGCCGUUCCCGCUGACUGCACGAUUAACGAAGGUGUGAUUGACGUUGACGAAGCAGCACUGACCGGUGAGUCACUUCCUGUGACGAUGGGAACGGAACACAUGCCGAAGAUGGGGUCGAAUGUCGUACGUGGUGAAGUUGAGGCGACGGUGCAAUACACAGGUCAGAGCACCUUUUUUGGCAAGACGGCAACGCUACUUCAGUCUGUGGAGGCUGACAUUGGCAGUAUCCGUAUAAUUCUCAUGCGCGUGAUGGUCAUCUUGUCGAGUUUCUCGUUCGUACUUUGCUUGGCUUGCUUCAUCUAUCUGAUGGUAAAUUUCAAGCAAAAGUUCCGUGAUGCCUUGCAGUUCGCUGUUGUAGUGCUUGUGGUAUCCAUUCCUAUUGCUUUGGAGAUUGUUGUGACGACCACUCUCGCUGUGGGUUCAAAGAAGCUGUCGAAGCACAAAAUCAUUGUGACGAGACUGACAGCCAUUGAGACAAUGUCUGGUGUGAACAUGCUUUGCUCUGACAAAACCGGUACUCUGACGUUGAACAAGAUGGAGAUUCAGGAACAGUGCUUCACAUUUGAGAAGGGUCACGAUCUGCGUUCACUGCUUGUACUUUCCGCGCUUGCAGCAAAGUGGCGUGAGCCUCCCCGUGAUGCACUGGACACGAUGGUACUUGGUGCUGCAGAUCUGGACGAGUGCGACAACUACGAGCAGCUUGAGUUCGUGCCAUUUGAUCCAACGACGAAACGAACGGCCGCUACAUUGGUUGAUAAGCGAAGUGGUGAGAAGUUCAGUGUGACGAAAGGCGCACCACACGUGAUACUACAAAUGGUGUACAAUCAAGAUGAGAUCAAUGACUCUGUGGUCGAUAUCAUUGACAAAUUGGCGUCGCGCGGUAUCCGAUGCCUCUCUGUGGCGAAAACAGACUCCGCGGGUCGUUGGCAUCUCUGUGGAAUCCUGACGUUCCUCGAUCCCCCGCGCCCGGACACGAAGGAGACAAUUCGCCGUAGUAGGCAGUAUGGCGUGGAUGUAAAGAUGAUCACUGGUGACCAUGUGCUCAUUGCGAAGGAAAUGUGCCGCAUGCUGGACCUUGAUCCGAACAUCCUAACCGUUGAGAAGCUUCCCAAGGUGGAUGUCAAUAAUAUGCCCAGCGACCUUGGCGAGAAGUACGGUGACAUGAUGCUGAGUGUCGGCGGGUUCGCACAGGUCUUCCCCGAGCACAAGUUUUUGAUCGUUGAGGCGCUUCGGCAGCGCGGGUACACGUGCGCGAUGACUGGUGAUGGUGUGAACGACGCGCCUGCCCUGAAACGUGCGGACGUCGGUAUUGCUGUACACGGCGCGACAGACGCCGCUCGUGCCGCGGCAGACAUGGUGCUGACAGACCCUGGUUUGAGUGUUGUUGUUGAUGCGAUGUUUGUAUCGCGCCAGGUGUUCCAACGUAUGUUGUCUUUUCUAACAUACCGUAUUUCCGCCACGCUGCAGUUGGUGUGCUUCUUUUUUAUCGCCUGCUUCUCGUUGACACCUCACGACUAUGGAAUUGAGGACCCCAAAUUCCAGGUUUUCUACCUCCCAGUGAUGAUGUUCAUGCUGAUCACGCUCCUGAACGACGGGUGCCUGAUGACCAUUGGAUAUGACCGUGUGGUGCCCUCGAAGCUUCCGCAGCGUUGGAACAUUCCUGUUGUGUUCACAAGCGCUAUAAUUAUGUCUGUUGUUGCCUGUGCCUCGUCUCUACUACUGCUGUGGAUGGCUCUUGAUGCUUAUGAUGAGAAAAGGUACCCCAACUCUUGGUUUGGCAAACUCAACAUUCCUUCCUUGAAGGAGGGCAAAAUAGUUACUCUCCUGUACCUCAAGAUAUCGAUUUCUGACUUCUUGACUCUAUUCUCCUCACGUACUGGUGGAAGGUUCUUUUUCUCGAUGGCUCCGGGCACUAUACUGCUGGUCGGUGCGGUGAUCUCACUGGUAAUCUCGACGAUCGCCGCCUCGGUUUGGAAGAAAUCAAGUUCUGAUGGUGUGCCGACGGAGGGUCUUGCGGUUGGAGGAGAUACCGCAGCGAAGCUGUUGCCGCUUUGGGUUUGGAUAUAUUGCAUUUUGUGGUGGAUCGUCCAAGAUGUCGUGAAGGUUCUUGCUCACAUGCUAAUGGAGGCCUUCGACAUAUUUGGCUGUGUGUCGCGUUCUGGGAGAGGGGCCGAUGUUGAGUGUGGCAGCGUGUGUAAAGAUGGUGAGGGUGGUGCACCUAAAGAACCUACGCUAUAA